AUGGAGUUUGAUUUUUUCGAAAGGCAUUCGAGAAAGGACGCUCCAAAGUCAGUCAAUCUGGACUUUGACGCCCGCGUCCCCAUCCCCUUCAGUGUCUUCCCGUCGUCGUACCGGAGUGACGCUGUCUCUGAAACUACUCAGACGCGAGUAGAGGGAGAAGUUCAACUCGAUCACACUUCGCGCGUCGAACGGGAAGAUACUCGAACCUCUGCCCCUCUCCCCGACCCUCGUGUCUACGGAAAGGAAGAAGUCGAUUUCCGCAUCACUCACGAAGAUCGCACUGCGACUGCCAACGUCAACGUCAACGAGAACUUUGCUCCUCGCUACGAAUCUCACCAGACUCGCAACUACGCUGCCGAGGUUGAUUUGACCCGUGAACGCUACCCCAACUACCGUGAAUCCUCUGUCCGCUUCGAGGAACGUCCCCAAGUUUACGACCAGGCCGUCGAGAACCAACUCGACAUCACUGAGAGAGAGUACCGUCGCCGGACCUCUCCCACUUACGAAGUCGACGUCUCUUACGACCGUCGCUACCAGGAGCCUUCCAACUCCUACGACUACCAGCCCACUCAGGCCGUCGACGUUUCGUACGACCGCUCUUACCAGCCUCAGCCCGCUUCCGCGUACCGAGGCCAAGAGUAUUCCCGCCGCGAGGUCGAGCUCCAGCAGCCUUCUACCUCCGUCUACUCUUCCCCCAAGACCGAAGUCAAGGUCGAGACUACUACCGUCCGUAACGUAACUCCCGCAUCUCGCAAGAUGGGCUACUACGACGACGAGGGUCACUACCACUCCUUCCGCCGCGGCGUUGAGCGCGCUGCCGACCGUGUCCUGCACCCCUUCUCCCACCACGAUCGUGAGGAGGUCGUUGUCAGUGACGAGCGCGGCCCCGCCCGCUUCAGCGAUGGCGUCCGUGAGGAGGUCCGCAUUGUGGAGCCCCGCAACCGGGGUACUGCCGGCGAGAGCGUCCCCAUUCCCUGCCACUUUGUCCGCAUCGGUGACAUCCUGAUCCUCCAGGGUCGUCCCUGCCAGGUCAUCCGCAUCUCGGUCUCCCCCCAGACUGGCCAGCACCGUUACCUCGGUGUCGACCUGUUCACCCGCCAGCUGCAGGAGGAGUCGAGCUUCGUCUCCAACCCCUCCCCCUCCGUGGUGGUUCAGACCAUGCUCGGCCCCGUCUACAAGACCUACCGCAUCCUCGACCUCCGUGAUGACGGCAAGCUUGUCGCCAUGACCGAGACCGGUGAUGUCAAGCAGGGUCUCCCCGUCAUCACUCAGGGCUCCCUCUUCAAGCGCAUCCGCGAUGCCUUUGCUGACGGCCGUGGCUCCGUCCGUGCCCUCGUCAUCAACGACGGUGGCCGUGAGCUCGUCGUCGACUUCAAGGUCAUCCACGGCUCCCGUCUGUAA